GGCAAAGGCAAGAAGGGCAAGUCUGCAAAGGGCUAUGGUGGUCACAAAAGUUUUGAUGCUUCCAAGGGGUACAAGGGCUACGGCUAUGCCAAGGGCAAGGCUUUUGGUGCAAAGGGAAAGGACAAAGGCAAGAAGAGCGGGAAGAGCUACAGUGGAGCAGGUGGUAAAGGUAAAGGUCUUUGCUUUAUUUGUGAUCGUAUGGGUCAUCGAGCUGCAGAGUGUCCUUUGCGAGCGCGUGUUCAACAAGUAGCUGCGGAAGAUGACAACAUGUCGGUGAGUACCCGUGCGACCUCUGCCCCUACUACCACUACGCAGUCUACCUCAAGUAGUUCCCGAACUCCUCCGCCAUCUCAGGUUCGUCGUCUGGAGCUCAUCAACAACGUGGUGAUCGAGGAGAUCUUCGAUGAAGAUGAGGUGCCGAUGUGA